CCGCAGUGGACCGAAGUUUGUGUGGGCCACUUAGGAGGUGAGCCUGCCAGACGGCACAGACUUUCCCAGUGCAGAAUCAGCGAGAUGAAGAGCAGCGUCGACCCGUCAUCAUGUGCUCUAGGCUCCCAAGGACUGCCUGCCUACUGCGACUCAUUGAGCUCUGUAUCCUCCUCUCGCACACUGCAGCAUAUUUUGGGCUGACAGGCCGAGAGCCCUUGGUCUUUUUGCCUGCCCCGUUCUCCAAUGAACCCCCAACGGGAAAAGCUCACCUAAAACAAUGCGAGCAGAUGACACUGGCCCGUAGGCAGAAACGACUGUGUCGCCGUGAGCCGGGUUUGGCGGAGACGCUGCGUGAAUCAGUGCGCCUCAGCCUCUUGGAGUGCCGCUAUCAAUUCCGGAACGAGCGCUGGAACUGUAGCUUGGACGGCCGCGGAAGUCUUCUGAAAAGAGGCUUCAAGGAGACGGCCUUUCUUCUUGCGGUGUCUUCAGCGGCAUUGUCCCACGCACUAGCAAAAGCUUGCAGCUCAGGCCGAAUGGAGAGGUGCACGUGCGAUGACUCCCCAGGAAUACAGCAUCGCGAGGCAUGGCAGUGGGGUGUCUGCGGUGACAACUUGAAAUACAGCACCAAAUUUCUCAAGAAAUUCUUGGGCCAGAAGAGGGUCAGCAAAGACCUGAGGGCGCAGAUCGACUCCCACAACAUUAACGUUGGAAUCCGGGCAGUGAAGAGUGGCCUGAAGACUACCUGUAAGUGUCACGGCGUCUCCGGUUCCUGUGCCGUGCGGACCUGCUGGAAGCAGCUGUCCCCGUUCCACGACACCGGGCAGCUGCUCAAGUUCCGCUACGACACGGCCGUGCGUGUGCUGAGUGUUACCAACGAGGCCACCGGGGAGACGGAGCUGGCGGGGGCGCGUCGCCACGGCCAGAGCCACCGGUCCACUGACCUGGUGUUCCUGGAGGACUCCCCCAGCUUCUGCAGGCCGUCACGCUACUCUCCCGGCACGGCCGGACGCUCCUGUGCCAAGGACACCAGCUGCCAGAGCCUUUGCUGCGGGCGCGGCUACAACACGGCCAUGCACCUCACCACCCUCUCCUGCCACUGUCAGGUGCGCUGGUGCUGCCAUGUAGAGUGCCAGACCUGUGUCAGGGAGGAGGAAGUGUACACCUGCAAAAAUACCUGAAAAGGGGGAGAGAGAGAGAAAAAGAUGGGGAGAGGAAAACGGCAACACACUGAGAGAACAUUCAAAAUGGCAGGGCUAGAACCACUCAGACAUUACUCUUGAUAAAUUGAAGGGUUUGACUUUUAAACAUACCCUUACCUGCCUGUUCUGAACUGAUAACUGUUUUGGGAAGCAUGGGAAUGGAACAAGGUCAUAAUGUUGUUGGUAGUUUGCCACUUGUUGGAAUCGAACAUGCGCUGUCUCCUCAGAUGAGGCAGUAUCAAGACCACUUUCUGCUUUGCUCUUACUGAAUGCACUGACAUCACAGACCGUAAGUGAGAGGGAGAGAGGGUUGCCUUGCUGGACAGUUAUGGGCAGGGAAUGGGCUCUUCACAAGGUACUGGAAUGAACAGUAGGUCGCCAUCAUUAUUUGGCAACAUCAUCUCCGUGGGAGCGCUGACAGUUCCAUUGGUCCUGUCCUCUUGUCGGUCUGUUCCUUAGUCAGUUUGUCUAACUGCUACUAUGCUGUAGUGCUUAUAUCAAGAUUUAGAGCAUUUCCAAAGCGCCAGAAAAUGCCAAAAAGGAAUCUAGAGCCUCUUGACUUCUGUCUCCGUCUGCCUGGCUGUCUCAUUUGCUGUUUGCUGGUCUCUUUAUUUGCUGUGAGAGCAGUCUAAGGGUUCAUUCAAUAGAAAAAUGAAGCACUUAUGUUGGCCAUGUUAUGUAUAGUACUUUACUCCUUUGCUUUAAGGUGAGAAAUGUAUCUGGGUUAAUACUGAUAUCCACCACACACCUUAAAAAGUCCCAUUGAAUCACUGGAUGUCUGAACAUGGAAUGUUAGUGCCGGUUGCCUAUAAUCAUAGCUAGUUAGUAUGUAAUUUAUGACUAAAUGCAGUCAUAGGGUUAUUGUGUGGUAAAGUAGACCUGUUGUCUCUUGUGAGAAUGUCUAUGAUAAUACUACAUGUUUGACAUUGUUAAUACAGUAAAGGAAAAAUUCUAAGGAAAUUGCACUCAAACUAAGGGAAACUCCAAACACUGUACAUAAAAACGGUUAUGCAAAGUUCUUCUCUUGCUCACACUGUAAAGAACUUUGCUCUAUUUUUUAUUUAUAAGUGGGCAUGUCUGCACGCACUGUGCUGUACUUUCAAGUGUGUUCCCCUGACCAAAUCAAACAGUUUUCUCUACAGUCUAAUUCAGGCACAUCUUUGUUCUCUAAUGUCUUUGAAAUGGCCCAAUCAUGCUGCUUGUUUUCUCAAUUACCAAUCAGAGAAAAUAGCCGUAUUUGACUCCGCCAUUCCUCCAGCUCUCCAUGCCAGACCUCUGUGUCUGUCCGUGGGUUAGGGUUGAAGGUCCAUAUCUGCCCCUAGGGCUUUUAGGCACCCAUUUAUGUUUCCAAUAUUUUACAAUCGUUUCAGUUCCCUGUGCCAGUGUUUAUUUUCUUGUUUAUGCAGAGAUACAGAGUUAUGUACAUGGAUAUAACUCAUAUCAGGCUCAAAGCAUAUUAGACAGUGGAAUCGUAUAUAUCUCUACCUCAUCAGGUCUUUGGGCAAUUAUCAUAAUGAUUUAUUUGCCUUGCAAAUACUUCCUUGUGUCUGUCAUGAAACUAAAGUCAAACUUUUAGAUCAAUGUACAAUUCCUUUAAACUUGGUCAUAGCUGUAUACUGUAUCAAUAUUAUUUACAUUGUGACAUACUGUAUAUUCUUAUUUAAAAGCAAUUAAAAUAAAUCAACAUAUACAUUUGUAAAAAAAAA